CCUCCCCCGGUCUCCUCGCCUCCUCCCCGGUUCUCCUCCCCCGGUCUCCUCGCCAUGCCGAGCCGACAGAAGCAGCUCGUGUUCUCGGUCUCCGGGCUCCUCGGCCUCUCGUGCGCGCUGACUGCCGCGGUGGCCACCGGCCUGCCGUUGUGGCUCAGCGGGUCCGUGCUGUGCCGGACCGGGGCCGAGCUGGUCAACGCCACCGGACCCGAACUGGACAAGUUCCUGGGAGAGCUGAACUAUGGGCUCUUCCACGGGCAGAGGGUGAAGCAGUGCGGGCUGGGGGGGAGGCUGUCCCGCUUCUCAUUCUUCCCAGACCUGCUGAACGCCAUCCCAGUGGUCCUCCACGUGUCCGUCAUCUUCUUCUGUGGUGUCGUCAUCCUCUUCUCGUCGGUGGUCACCGGCUUCUUCUUCUUCAACGCCUUCGGCCGACCAUACGAGACGCUGCAAGGCCCCAUGGGACUUUACCUGUGGACCUUCAUCUGCUGGCUGAGCAGCUGUGUGGUGAUGAUUCUGUUUGCAUCGGAGGUGAAACUUCAUCAUCUGUCCAAUCGGAUCUCCAACUUCAACGAGGUGAACUUCGUCUUCCAGACAUACACCGAACGCUACGACCGCUCCUUCUGGCUCUUCUUCCUCAUCUUCCUCCUCCACGGACUCAAUUUCUUGCUGAUCCGACUGGCAGGAAUCCAGUUCCCUUUCCAGGAGAGCAAAGAUUGUGACCUGAGUGGGGGGGCGGCCGACCUCAUGUACUGAGAGCCGCAGAGAAACGGGAGAAUGUAAAGGACAACAGAUUAAAGGGUUACUCUACAACAUGUCAA